ACAGGUGCCGCCACUGCACUUCCGGGCGCUGUUCAAGGUGAGCCAGGGCCUCAGAACCCCCUCACAAUACCCUCUCCCCGAAGUAAGGGAGCUACUAUCCCCCAGCUCACAGCCUUGCGUGCCCAGUACCGGGAUCAGGGUGUCCAGACGGAGGCCGGGUAGCCACCGGAGGAGGCAGAACCUUCCAGACGACUGGGUCCCAGCGAGGCCCAAACGCCUCUAGACCCCACGCCUCUGCGGUGCUGCGCGGGGGAGGUCGCACGUCGGUCUACUGGCGAUCCUGGCUGUUUGGAAGCGGAGUGUGACUCCUCCCCUUCGUCCCUUCGGUCUGCGUCUGGCGGCGCCAGCAACCCGGCCCGCAGGGUUUCUCUACGGCUGCGAGCCCUGGCCACCCCACGGGUGUUGAAAUUGGCGGGGAAAGAGGCGAAGAAACAGGAUAUCAGAGAGCAUUCCGUCACUUGGAAUAAGUUUCUCUCGUGGAUUGUGUUUUUCAUCAUUAGGAUCUCCUGGAGUACUUGUGCAAAUUCCUAUGCUCCACCCCAAAAGAUCCUGAUUCAGUAGAUCUGGGGUAGGGCCUGGAAAUCAGCAUUUUUAAUAGCCAUUCCGGGUUGGUGCUCAUAGUCUACAGAUUUCACUUUCGAAACACUGGUAUAACUGAUGGGAGAGGAACGUUGUAUUGGCUUGACUAUGGAACUGUUUAUCUUCAGGAAGGUUUCCAAGAGGAAGUGAUUCUAGCUGGGCUUUGUAUUGAGGCACCAGCAUAUCCACUGGUUCUUUGCCCCACAGUGAUGAAUUCCCUCCCCUGCCACCACCAGGAUGCAGAAGAUCUCAGUGCUGCUCUUCCUGGUCUGGGUCUGCUUCCUCUUCUACGCGGGCAUUGCCCUCUUCACCAGUGGCUUCCUGCUCACCCGUUUGGAGCUCACCAAUCGUAGCAGCUGCCAAGAGCCCCCAGGCCCUGGGUCCCUGCCAUGGGGGAGCCGAGGGGAGCCUGGGGCCUGCUGGAUGCCUUCCCGAUUCUCUCGGGUUGUGUUGGUGCUGAUAGAUGCUCUGCGUUUUGACUUCGUCCAGCCACAGCACUCAUAUGUUCCUGGGGAGCCUUCUGUCCCUCUGCCCUUCCGGGGCAAACUGGGCUCCUUGCGGAGGAUCCUCGAGAUUCAGCCCCACCAUGCCAGGCUCUACCAAUCUAAGGCUGAUCCCCCCACCACUACCAUGCAGCGCCUUAAGGCCCUCACCACUGGCUCACUACCUACCUUUAUCGAUGCUGGCAGUAACUUUGCCAGCUACGCCAUAGUGGAAGACAAUCUCAUUAAGCAGUUCACCAGUGCAGGUUGUGACCCCUCUCAUGUCCCUACAGGAAGGCGUGUGGUCUUCAUGGGAGAUGAUACCUGGAAAGAUCUUUUUCCUGGAGCUUUCUCCCAAGCUUUCUUCUUCCCAUCCUUCAAUGUCAGAGACCUACAUACAGUGGACAAUGGCAUCCUGGAACACCUCUACCCAACCAUGGACAAUGGUGAAUGGGACGUGCUGAUUGCUCACUUCCUGGGUGUGGAUCACUGUGGCCACAAGCAUGGCCCUCACCACCCUGAAAUGGCCAAGAAACUUAGCCAAAUGGACCAGGUGAUCCAGGGAGUUAUGGAGCGUCUGGAGAAUGAUACACUGCUGGUGGUGAUUGGGGACCAUGGGAUGACCAAGAAUGGAGACCAUGGAGGGGACAGUGAGCUAGAGAUCUCGACUGCACUUUUUCUGUACAGUCCCACAGCCCUCUUCCCCAGGGCCCCACCAGAGGUGAGGCCUGAGGAGCCAGAGGUAGUUCCUCAAAUCAGCCUUGUGCCUACACUGGCCCUGCUGUUGGGCCUGCCCAUCCCAUUUGGGAACAUCGGGGAGGUGAUAGCUGAGCUGUUCUCAGAGGUCGAAGACUCCCAACCUCACUCCUCAGCUCUGGCCCAAGCCUCAGCUCUCCACCUCAAUGCCCAGCAGGUGUCCCGAUUUCUUCACACCUACUCGGCUGCUGCUCAGGACCUCCAAGUUAAGGAGCUUCAUCGGCUGCAUAACCUCUUCUCCAAGGCCUCUGCUGACUACCAACGGCUUCUGCAGAGCCCCCAGGGGGCCAAGGCAGCACUACAGACUGUGAUUACUGAGCUGCAGCAGUUCCUGCGGGGAGUUCGGACCAUGUGCAUUGAGUCUUGGGCUCGUUUCUCUCUGGUCCGCAUGGCAGGGGGUGCUGCUCUUUUGGCUGCUGCCUGCUUUCUCUGCCUGUUGGUAUCCCAGUGGGCUACAUCCCCAGGCUUCUACCUCCAUCUUCUCCUAGUACCCGUGGCCUGGUGUCUGGCUGGGGUCGCAGUGUGUGCCGGACUCCUGGCAUAUGCUGGGCUGAAGCUGGAUCCAGUGGUUCUAGGGGCCAUGGCUGCAGUGGGCUCACUUCUGCCUUUUCUGUGGAAAGCCUGGGCUGGUUGGGGGUCCAAGAGGCCCCUGGCAGCCCUGCUUCCCAACCCGGGGCCUGUCCUAUUACUCCUGCUCAUUCGCUUUGCUGCUUUAUUCUCUGACAGCUUUGUUGUAGCUGAGGCCAGGGCCACCUGCUUCCUUUUGGGCUCAUUCAUCUUGCUCCUGGUUGCCCAGCUUCAUUGGGAGGGCAAGCUGCUGCCACCUAAGCUAUUCACAACACCCCGCCUUGGCUUUUCAGCCCCAACAAGCCCCCCACGGCACAGUGGCAUGCAUGCCCUGGGGCUAGGUGUUGGGUUACUUUUAUGUAUAAGGCUAGCUGGGCUUUUUCAUCGCUGCCCUGAAGAGACACCUGCUUGCCACUCCUCUCCCUGGCUGAGUCCCCUGGCAUCCCUUGUGGGUGGUCGAGUCAAGAAUUUGUGGUAUGGAGCUUGUGUGGGGGCUCUGGUGGCCCUGUUAGCUGUUGUGCGCCUGUGGCUUCGUCGCUAUGCUAAUCUCAAGAGCCCUGAGCCUUCUGUCCUCUUCGUGCGCUGGGGGCUGCCCCUAAUGGUACUAGGCACUGCUGCCUACUGGGCAUUGGCAUCAGGGGUAGAUGAAGCACCCCCACGUCUUCGGGCCCUGGUUGCUGGUGCAUCAGUUGUGCUGCCUAGGGCUGUGGCAGGGUUGGCUGCUUCAGGGCUCAUGCUUUUGCUUUGGAGGCCUGUGACAGUGCUGGCGAAGGCUACAAUAGGUGCUCCAAGGACCAGGACUGUCCUCACUCCUUUCUCAGGCCCCCCCACUUCUCAGGCUGACCUGGAUUAUGUGGUUCCUCAAAUCUACCGACAUAUGCAGGAGGAGUUCCGGGGCCGGCUGGAGAGAACCAAAUCGCAGGGCUCCCUGACUGUGGCUGCCUAUCAGUUGGGGAGCGUCUACUCAGCUGCUAUGGUCAUGGCCCUCACCCUCUUGGCCUUCCCACUUCUGCUGUUGCACGCAGAGCGCAUUAGCCUUGUGUUCCUGCUUCUGUUUUUGCAGAGCUUCCUUCUCCUGCAUCUGCUUGCUGUUGGGAUGCCCAUCACCACCUCUGGUCCUUUUACUGUGCCAUGGCAGUCAGUCUCUGCUUGGGCCCUCAUGGCCACACAGACCUUCUACUCCACGGGCCACCAGCCUGUCUUUCCAGCCAUCCAUUGGCACGCAGCCUUUGUGGGAUUCCCAGAGGGUCAUGGCUCCUCCACCUGGCUGCCUGCUUUGCUGGUGGGAGCCAACACCUUUGCCUCCCACCUCCUCUUUGCAGUAGGUUGCCCAUUGCUCCUGCUCUGGCCCUUCCUGUGUGAGAGUCAAGGGUCCCGGAAGAGGCGGCAGCCCCCAGGAAAUGAAUCUGAGGCCAGAGUCAGGCCUGAAGAGGAGGAGGAGCCACUGAUGGAGAUGCGGCUCCGGGAUGCACCUCACCAUUUCAAUGUAGCACUGCUGCAGCUGGGCCUCAAGUACCUCUUUGUCCUUGGUAUUCAGAUUCUGGCCUGUGCCUUGGCAGCCUCCAUCCUUCGCAGGCAUCUCAUGGUCUGGAAGGUGUUUGCUCCCAAGUUCAUUUUUGAGGCCAUGGGCUUCAUUGUGAGCAGCGUGGGACUUUUCCUGGGCCUAGCUUUGGUGAUGCGAGUGGAUGGUGCAGUUAGUUCCUGGUUCCGGCAGCUAGUUCUUGCCCAGCAGAGGUAGCCUAGGCUGUGGAUGCCGGCGCCUGGCCAUGGGGAGACCUGGAGAACAAUCUAGUCUGGCCUGUACGGGUGCUGGAUCAUCUGCAAGAAAGGCUCAGCCACACCUCUUACCACCAUGCUGCAGGAGCUACUAGCAUCUGGGACUUCAUUAUUUUAUAAUUAAAACUCACAGUGUGGCCUGAUCCCUAACUCUUGCUUUGGAUGUAUCUGAGGGACUGGGGGUUAGUCUCCAAAGUAGAAUAAUAAAUAUGUGUGUCUGAGAUGUGGGGGAGCCCCCACUGUCCAAUAGGAGCUAA